CUCUCAUCAUGGACAAGUGGUUUGGCAAAACAGCUGUCGUUACAGGCGCAAGUUCUGGCAUCGGAGCAUCAAUUCUCGUCGCUCUCGCAAAAGCUGGCGUUAAUGUUAUCGGUUUGGCACGUCGCAAGGACCGCAUUGAAGCUCUUGCUGAACAAAAUAAAUCCGCAAAGGGCAAAAUUCAUUCAUUCGCUUGCGAUGUUUCUGAUCCAAAGUCCGUUGAUGCCGCUUUUGAAUGGAUUGAAAAGACCUUUGGAACAGUAAAUAUUUGGAUAAACAACGCCGGGAUCUGGCGUUGUAACAAAUUGACCAACGAUGCUUUGACAGACUCGGAAAUUAUCGACACUGUCAACACAAAUUUCACGGGUCUCGUACUUUGCAGCAGAAAAGCCGUAAAACUCAUGCAGAAAAAUGGCGAAGCAGGUUACGUCAUUAAUAUAAACAGUAUUGCGGGACAAAUGAGUGCUUGUGGCGUCAUGGCAGAUUACGGAACGAACGUUUAUAUGUCGACUAAACAUGGAGUCACGCAAAUUACUGAGAUUUUGCGAUUAGAGCUUGCUUCUAAUCCGAAUAAUAAGAUCAAAGUUUCUAGUGUCAGUCCCGGAGUUGUGAAAACAGACAUUUUUGAAAUCGCUGGCAUGUCAAAGGCAGGACUUGAACUUUUACAAGGAUUGAAACCGGAAGAAGUUGCUGAUGCUGUCGUUUAUUUGUUGGGCACUCCAGAGUCCGUUAAUGUUACUGAAUUGACAAUUCGUCUUCUGAAUUCACCAUUUUAAUUUUUUUUUUAAUUUUUGUUAUUUUUUUUUUAUUUUUUUUAAAAAAGAUUUUUAAAAAAUUAAAAAAAUUGAAAAUUUUUAUUAAAUAAAAAUAAAUAUUUUCAAAAAUUAAUUAAGAAAAUGAAAAUUUUUUCAACUUUAUAAGUAUUUUAAUGAAAUAA